GCGGUGCGUGGUGCACGAAAGUGUUUGGUCGUCGUAAUUGUAAUUGUAAUUUUAUUAGUUACGACACCCUGUUGGAUACAUUUGUAUACCUAUUAUCAGGUCAAGGAGAAACAGUUAAUUAUUCUGUUCCUGAAUUUUGUGUUCCCUCGACUCUUUCCCCGAAAGGAGACCAGCACGACCGACCAUGCCGGACCCGGAGGAAGUGAACGGCGUCGACGAGACGACCACCGCCGCCGACAAGCAGAAGCAGAAAAAAGCCUCCAAACACGAUAGCGGUGCGGCCGACCUCGAACGCGUCACCGACUAUGCCGAGGAGAAGGAAAUCAGCUCCAAGGAGAUCACCAAUGCCGUUAGCAUGUUUGAGGAAAAGCGGAACAAGGAGAACGAAGAGAAACUAGCCAAAGAACAGGAGCUGCAGAAGGUGCAAGUCAAGAAGGAAGACAUCGAGCUGAUUAUCCGAGAAAUGGAAAUCUCCCGACAGAAGGCAGAAGAAACGUUGCGGGUACAUCGGGGGGAUGUUGUUGCAGCCCUGGAGGCGCUGACCAACUAGUGCGAAAGCCAUUCUGUAAGUCGAGGGUUUUAUUGCUACGAGGAAUUUUUUCUUACCGGUACCAUUCGAGGGGGGAUUCAUCCGGUGGAGCAAAACAAUUCGCCCAGGAUCAAUCGGCUUUUGCUUUGGGACAUGGGACAGGUCGAUGCCAACAAUACAUCUGUAGGUAAAUUCAA